AUGCGCCAAACUUGGAAUCUGUCACGUCUUUAUGAAGAUAAUGUCAGAUCAUUAUAUGUCACCACCUUUGUCACCAAAUCCGCCCCCCUUCUCACUAUACUGCAAGACCUUGUCCAGAAUCCGCCAACCCUAUGUCCACCCAUUGAUGCUCUUACUAACUCUUUCAAUGCACUCAUGUAUGACUCUCUUAGUAGCUCAAUUGGUUCUCACCCCCCUUGCCCCUCACAUUGGAAAUCGUUUUGGACCCCUGCAUUGCAAGCUGCAGCCGACCAUAGAGAUGGUUGUUACAAGCAAUGGCGUUGA